AUGCAAUUUUUUCAAAGUAUAUUAAUAUUUGCGACAGGGUUUUUGAUAUUAAGUGAAAUUCGAGCCUCUAAGAAAACGAAUUUCUUUGUACCAACUCGAUUAGAUUGCCAUCUAAGUUCAAAUUUGUUUUCUAAUUAUACAUGUUUACUUAAAGCAAUUUCAAGAACUAAGAAAAUUGUAGGUUUACGAGGUGUACUAGCAAAGCCUGUUAAUAAAUUAUUUGUGAAUUAUCAAUUAUAUAAACGCUAUAAUGGUUGGCAACCAUUUUUGAUGAAUUACACAUUUGAAUUUUGCAAUUUUUUAAAAGAUGGAAAAGGUUUAGCUUCUCAUUUUUAUAAUUACUUAUACAAACCAGCUCUGCCAUUACUUAGUAAAUAUACAAAUAUAAAUCACCCGUGUCCUUAUAAUGGGACAAUUGAAUUGUAUGAAGUAGAUCUUAAUUUAGCUUUUAAAGAAAAUGUUGAAAAUUUACUUGUUCCAAGUGGUUAUUAUAAGGCUAAAAUUGAAUUUCAAAAUUCAAGGAAUCUACCAAUAUCAACUAUAAUUUUUCAAUUGCUUGGUGAUUCAGGAAGUUGCUAUGAUAAUAAGGAUGAUGAUGAUGGUCAUGUUAUUCGAGAAUGA